UUGGACCACCAUUGGAAUUUGGUGCACUUGAAUUUUCUCUCCCUCUCUCUCACAGUGGAAAUGCAGUGAGAAGUCUUCCUUCUCGUAACCGGAGCAGUUAAAGCCCAGGAGCCGGGUAGAAUUCUGUGGCAGUUCAGUUUUGCGGUCCGGACACUACAGAGUGACGACCUCAACCCAGCAAAAGCAAGCAAAAGCAAAUGCUGUAACACAGCCAGAAAUUGAAGUGGAAGACAGUGUACUUGUGCAUACUCAAUAAACAGAAGUCCAACUUUCACCAAGAGAAUUGAGACUAUUUAAAUUUUCAAACCACCCUUUCAAUAAACUAGCUCCGGAGUCAACACUAAAAUCUCAGAGUUCGAAGAAGACCUAGUUUUCUUCCUUCAGGCCACCCAAGCAAUCUAUCAAUCCAAUGUCGAUUAGUAUUGAUUCACUAAAUGCGUACAAAUAGCUUGAGGAAUAUUAUCAGAACUGAAUGAGUUUGGAUGAGUAGUGAGUUUCCUCCAAUACUACAAUUUCUGCACAUUAAUUUGAACUCGAAAAUAUUUGACUUGCUUUCAUUGAUGAUUAUAUAAAUAACUAAGCUCCAAUGUUAUAAUUACAACGAUAUAACCGUAACCGAGUACUAUAGUUCAGCUGCAAUCAAUUCGCAAUUACUGUAGAACAGCAAUUUCAAUUAAAAAUUAUUACCUGGUCGCUAGAAAAUAUACGUAAAAUUGUUCAUCCAAAGCACCUCAAAAACUCUGGACGUUGACAGUCGGAUAAGAGAGAUGUGCAAAAAACGCAUGCAACCUCAAAAGUGACAGUAGCCAUGAGUGGUUGACGUGCAUAUAACCCCAAGUCGGACCGUGUGAAGAAAGAGUGAAAUGUGCAACAUUAGCAAGUCAAAGUUAGAUUUUUCUUUGGCAUGUUGGGAUCAGCAGCAAACAGUGACUCAGUUUCACGUCUUUGUUGGAGAGCCAGUCUCUUAUGUAAAUGACUCAAUAAAUCCAGUUCCUUGUGUAUAAAAAGUUGAAACUUUCAACCGUUGAAAGUGACUGACUGAACCACAGAUCAAAAGGGAAACAAACGGAAUUCAUUGAGAAAGGGAAUUAUUCAUGGCAAGUCGGACGACCAACUCAAAGAAGGAUUUGCAUUGCUCCUCUCAAUUCCGGUUUACCAUCAAAAUAUUUAUCAAUUCUCGCCUCCUCCGUUUCAAUUAUACUUCUCUGAUUUGAAAUUCAAACCCCAUGUCCAGAAAGUCCUAGCUGCUGCUCCUCGUGUUGACUCGUGUGAAGUACGUAUUCCUUCCAGUUUUGCAUGUCUUAACUGGUUCACACAGCUCUGAGGCAAAUACUUCUUGUACUAACAAGACGGCACAGCAUAAUUUGAAAAUUCUUGCUACACCUUCACCCACUUCUUCUGGGGAAAAUUGGCAAGAUACAUGCAUACAAUUUCACGACUACCUCGUAUCAUCUCAAUUGUACCAGAGGAAGCAUCAACAGCCUGAAGAAGCGGAUGAAUCUCUGGUGAAGUAUUCCUGUUAUAAUAAGAAUUUUUACCCUAUAAUCCAAAACAAACACGGAUGGAAUAACCCACCACCGAGAAUCUACAGAAAAGAACUUGACUAAAUGUGAAAGCAGCACAAGGUGAAAGACUUAGUUAUUCGGUAUGGGUUCAUAACUUCCGUAGUGGUUAACCAACUUACUUUCAUACUUAGUUUGGUGGUACGGUAAAUUUCGAGGUUGUUGGCCGAUCAGCUAUUGAUUUCUUAAUGUACUUUUUAGCUUCAAUCUCUGUUUAUCUUUAUCCUACAUCCUUCACUGAAGGAGAGAUUGAACAGACAAUAAAUAAGUGAACUACUUGCUUGCGACUAGGACUGCAGCUACACACGUAUAUCUACGUACAGACGUAUAAUAGCCAGUCAGUCAGUCAGACUCAAGUAUAUCAAGCCCUUCUUAAAACAAAUCUGACAAAAAUACGAGCUAAACUCUAGAACGGGAGAGUCUUCGCCAUUCGUCUUCUGCUGAACCAGCCACUUUCUCCUGUACAAUAAUACGACCCCGGAUGAAGAUGAACUCUCAGCUUUUGGAUUAUGACUAAAAUUCGCGUGCUCGUCCUCAGCGUUCUCCUGUCACCGAUGUGCUUUGUGCCAAGUGUGGGGGACAAUAUCACCUCCUCAUUUGGAGAACCAGCCGUUCUGGAGCGUGUCUAUGAAGCACACAACGCCAACUUAAGGCACCGCCACCACCCCAACCACCCGUGGGGUCCCCAUUUUGAGGAAAACCCAUCCAACGUUACAAUACGAGAAGGUCAGAACUCUCAUCUUGACUGUAAAGUGGGACUCAUCGAGGACAAACUUGUAUCAUGGGUACGUCGUAAAUCAGACCAUCUGGACUUAUUGACUUUAGGUCCAACUAAUCACAGCUCUGAUCCUCGAUUUUUGUCUGACUUUAAAUAUCCAAAUAACUGGCGACUAGCAGUUCGUAAUGCUUCCAAGGAUAUGACGGGAACCUAUCUUUGCCAAAUCUCCACCCACCCACCAAAAUCUCUUGAAGUACAACUCACGGUAGAAGCGCCGGAAGUGUUUAUCGUAGUAAACUCGAGAGGAGAAAGGAUUCAUGACGUCCAUUAUAAGGAGGGUUCCACGCUGCAGCUCGUUUGUAUAGUGAAUAAUCUAAAGUCCAGAUCGGUGAGUUGGUUCCGUAACUCUGAUCUGCUUAACCACGAUGUGAGUCGAGGAGGCGUAAGUAUUAAAACCGAAAUGAAUACUGACCAAGAGUCAGCCAAAAGCGUUCUGAAUGUGGCCAGAAUUACUCGGAAGGACAUUGGAUCAUAUCUCUGUUCAGCCCCACCGCAUAAUGCCAGUGUCACCGUCCACAUCCUUAAUGGUGAAAACCCAGCCGAGCUGUACCACAACCAUGCGAUGACAUACUUUGUUUGGUCCUGGAAAUGCUUUCUACUUAUUUUUGUACUGUGGGUCAGCAAAUAAAAGUUAAAUGAGCUACGGGCCUUCAUCCCCAAUUUCCCAGUUGGACCAUUAAAUGUCACUGUUAUUAUAAAAAUGAA